AUGCCACAAGCCUCUGCCUCUUGGGGCCUGCGGGCUUAGUGUGGCUCUAGGGGAUGGUGGCUGGAAGUUGUGAGUUUUAAUCAGAAAUAAUUGAAUCUUCUUGUUUCAAGAGUAAAUUGAGAGGGAGUAAGGCCAGAUCCUGGCACUAGGUGGGACCUGGUGCUGCCGGUGGGAGGGUAGGUGGUGAGGGGCGGGGUUUCUCCCUUUUUGGCUUCCUUGAUGGUGACCUCUUGACCUUGGCGGGUCGGCAGUCUUCUCUGGGCCACGGACAGGGGAUGCGGAGGGUGCGCAGAAGCCGGCUGGGAUAGCGGGCGCCGGGCCUGCUGUACGCCCCACGGCUGGAGGCCCCGUCCUCACUGCUCGGUGGGUCUCUAGAGGCAGGCAGCAGCCAGUGGAAUGGAAGGCAGAUCUUCGUAGCCCCCAGGCGGCAUCCCUGGGCCAGGGUGGCUGAGCCAUGGGGACAAGUCCCUGAGCCCUGGGCCUCGGCUUUGAGGGAAAGUGCACUCCUCAUACAGGAAAAUUUGGACCGCAGAGCAGAAAAACAGCAGCCCCUUGGAGCAGAGGCAUUGGUCCAGGGAAGCCAUGCCAAACCCCAAGGCCUCUGCAAAGCUGGUGCGCCUGCGCAGUGACCGAGAGACAGACUGUAGUCACUGGGGCCUGGGCCCAGGGUGGAUGAAGCUAGAGGCAGACACCACGGAGGAGGAGGUGUUUGCACAGCGGGAUUCCGUGGCACUGCUGCAGGCGCUGCUCCGGCAGGGGGAAGCCAAACACGGAGAGAGCUGGUGGAAGGCAUGGGUGCAGAAGCCAAUCACCUUUGAAGAUGUGGCCGUGAACUUCACUCAGGAAGAGUGGAUGUGUCUAGAUGCCAGUCAGAGGGUUCUGUACCAGGAUGUUAUGUCUGAGACCUUCAGAAACCUGAUGUCUGUGGCUCAGAAUCUAUCUAACCCAGAUCUGAUCAUCAAACUUGGACAAGAAGAAAGCCAGCAGAGAGCAGAAUUCCAGCUCUGUCUCCUGAAUGGAGAAGGCCUCCCUUCAGGCGGCAGGCAGGAGGCAUGUCAGGAAGAGACUCAGGCACUGGGAGAUGACCGGGCUGGUAGAGCUCAGGCCUCCCUUGAUGGAUGGGGGGCAGGUGCAGCCUCUGCUCCAGCAGGGACCCCACACAGGGCCCCUGUGAUCCCAGCAUCCCGCGCUGGCAGGCCCUUUCUCUGCCACAUCUGUGGCAGGACUUUCAGCAAGCACUCCAACCUGCAUAGCCACCAGUUUGUUCACAUUCCCAACAAGACCAACAGCUGCAGCCAUUGCGGGAAGUCCUUCCGGAACCCCAAGGAGCUCGGCUAUCACAGGCGCAUACAUCUUGGGGAGAGGCCCUUCUGCUGCCCGCUCUGUGACAAGACCUAUUGUGAUGCAUCUGGGCUGAGCCGCCACCGCCGUGUCCACUUGGGCUACCGGCCCCACUCGUGCCCCUUCUGUGGGAAGGGCUUCCGGGACCGGUCAGAGCUGAAACGCCACCAGAAGAUACACCCAGACCAGGAGCUGGGGGCCAGAGACCAGAAGUGCAUUGUGAGGGCCCCAGACCCUCGAGCUGGAUCUCAGACACAUGCUGGCUGGAGCCAGGGGGCCAGCCAGGAGCUUGUGGCCGUGGACCAUGCCCUGCUGACCAGGACCCAAGAACCCAUCAUUGCAGACAAGGGUCCUAUGGCUCAGACCCAGCCAGGCAUAGAUAGGAAGCAGGUGAUCCCUGUGGGAUGGCGGGCACCAGCUGGUGCAACCCUGGGGCCCGGCACCAGGACACAGACACCCGGCAUGAGAGCCCUCUGCCUGGAUACCAGGUCCAACUGCCUCCCACCAAAGCCUUCAAGAAUCAAGGUCUUCUCUUGCCCUCACUGCUCUCUGACUUUUAGCAAGAAAGCCUAUCUCUUUAGCCACCAGAAAGCCCACAUCCCUGAGCAGCCGAGCUGCUGCUUCCGCUGUGGCAAGUCCUUCAGCUCAUUGUCAGGGCUGGUCAGGCACCAGCAGACACACUGGAGGCAGAAGGUCUACCGUUGCCCUGUCUGCGACGUCUGCUUCAGGGAUAGAGAUGGCCUCAUGGGCCACUGGGGGGGCUCCAAAACCAUGGACCCGUGCCUGGGCAAUCUCCAGGCCUGCUGGGCCAUCCUGGGUCAAUGGCUCGGCUUUUUUCAUGGUGCUGCCAGUUGGGCUGGGAAGGAGAUGGAUCUGCCCCCAGAUCCAGGCUCCCAGGAGAGGGUGGGGAGGGUGGGGAGGAGGCACCAGAGGAGAGAGAGCAAAUGAGGCCAUGAGGGGCUCAGUGCACACCCAAUGGAGGUGUUCAUGUUUGCUUCUCCAACGCACUGGCCUCCAGGCUCAGGAGACGGGGUGGGCAGAGAGGUAGGGGUCACCAGGGAGACACAGGAACACAAGGGGAUGAGACGUGCACACAGAAAUUCGUAUUACUAUAAUUAUCACCUGACUUGUUUCUU